AUGACGUUCUCAGUGUGUGCUGCUUGCCACGAAGCUAUUCAAGAUCAAUGGAUUUAUGAAGUAUUAGACCGUCUUUGGCAUGGACAUUGUCUACGCUGUGUGGAUUGUGAUCAAUUGUUAACUGAAAAAUGUUACACACGUGAAGGAAAACUUUAUUGUCACAAAGAUUUCUAUCGACGUUACUGGUGUCGUCGUUGUUCAGGUUGUUUACAAGAAAUUAGUCAAGGUGAAUACUACUUGAGUGCUUGGGAUCAAUUUUAUCAUUGGGACUGUUAUAAAUGUUGUUUAUGUUUGCGUAAAGUGAACACGGGAGAAGAAAUACAUUUGACACAUGAUAAUCGUUUCAUGUGCAAAGAAGAUUUCGCUGCUCGAAUGAAAUGUCAAGAUGAAUAUGAAAAUGAUCACAAAAUCAAAAGUGAACAUGAUUAUGAUAAGGAAAAUUCGUCGUUCAAAUCACAGACCAUACAACCAUCGACAUCGACGCCAAACUCGAAUCUUAGCUCGUCGGAUUGUUUGAAAGAAGAUGAUGGUGAUACGCAAAUGUCGGAUUGUUCAUUAGAUUGCAAAGAUGAUGAUCAAAUAUGUUUAACUAAUACAAAUAAUAAUAACAAUUCAUCAAAUCAAAAUGAUAAUGGUAAUUCAAAUGGACCGAAAAAACGUGGACCACGCACGACAAUCAAGACGAAACAACUCGAACAAUUGAAAUCAGCAUUCGCAGCAACCCCGAAACCGACGCGACAUAUCCGUGAAGAAUUGGCACGUGAAACUGGACUCGCUAUGCGUGUCAUUCAAGUAUGGUUUCAGAAUCGUCGUUCGAAAGAGCGACGUAUCAAACAAUCGAUCACAUGUGGUGGAUCACGACGACACUAUUAUCGACGUGUUACAUCCGGUCGACCAUUUGACGAUGAAAUGAUGCCUCAUCCAGGUUUGAACUAUUUACCAGAUGGAUUUCAAGGCGAUUUUAUGUACCAGCGACCUCCACCACCGCCACCGUCGACACAGAACUAUAAUGAUUUUAUGAUGCAACAAGAAUUACAUCAAAGACUUAAUUAUGGACCAACUGGUGAUCUAUCAUAUGCAAUGCAUCCCGAAUCAGGCACAGUGCCUGAUUCGUCGGCAGGUGAUUCAGACGACCUACAACAACGUUUUAGUAGUACACCGCCGUUAGCAUCGUCCGUGAUCGCAACUGGCGGAAAUGCGUUUACUGAUCAUUCGUGGAAUUAA